AUGGAUCGUACGAAUUUUUCGAAGUGGAUAAACGGAACGUACGAAUUCUUCGAAUCGUACGAAUUUCCUUCGAAGUAUUUGGCCGUGGGUUCGGGCUUGGAGGUUCGCCCCGAAUUUCACGAAGGCCUGCGGAUGUCAGUUGGAUGGGAGGAAGAUGGAUGUCCCGGAUGGAGCCAUUUCCUGCUCAUGUGUGAUCCUGGAUCAUGGAUCUGGAAGAGGAGAACCUGGAGGAUGGAUUCUUCUGUGUUUGCUACAGCUCUUCUAUGGACUCCUGCAGAGUGA